CCACCAUGUCUGCCUCCAUGCGCACUCGCCUGCUGGCCCUCUCCUGCCUCCUGGCGUGCGCCAUGGCCCAGUCGAUGCCAUGGGACUUCGCUGAUAUCGGGACGGGCGUGCCCAUGGCCGCAAAUUGCACCCCCAGCGGCAGUGGCAUGCCCGCGCAGUGGAUCGAGAUGACUGACUUGCUCAACUUCACCCAGUACGAGGCCGACGCCCUGUCCAGCGAUGUCCCUGACCCGCUGCCCUUCCCCUACAGCCUCACCGCCGCCGACACACGCGCGCCCGGCUGGCUGCAAACCUGCAUCGCCCGCUCCCCCACCGCCCCCGAGGACUGCCAGGGCGAGGAGUGCAACGUGUACAUCGAGGAGUGGGACAUCGAGUGGCUGGAGUUCGCCCUGCUCAACUGCUUUGGAAGCUACCCCACCCCCGACGCAGUCAACUUCUUCACCAACCCCACCCCACCCCCCGGCAAUGUCGCCUUGACGGUCACUCAGACCUGCAAGAACUACUAUUACGGCCCCAGCGACGAGUGGGAUUUCUUCUAUUCAGUGACCGACGAGUGGGGCAACAAGUGGGCGCUCCAGUGGGGCAACAAGUGGGCGCUCCAGACCGUGCACAGCAAUGACACCACAGAGGCCGAAUUCGAUGCCAACAUCGGCUCGGUGGUGUGGCCAGAGGGCUGGGUGGCGGAGAAGGUGCCGCUGACUGAGACGGUCGAGAUGGUGCCGUUUGCUGUGGGCAACGCCUGCUACGCGCUCAUCAUCAAGGACUCCAACUUCAACUCUUGGCACCUGUACACCUAUCCCGAGGGCGGCGUCACCUCCGGCGACACGCUGUUUGGCGCCAUUGGCAAGGGCUGCCAGUGCCUGGAUGCGCAGUACACUCUGGAGGGCAUGGGCGGCGCGCCCAGCUCGGCGCCCUCCCCUGCCCCCUGA